CCCGUCGCCAACAUGAAGGCAUACAGGGGAGCCUGCUCGUAGCUUCCUUUGAAGCAAAUGAAUUAAACUCGUCUUUCCAUGAAAGUGAACUCCCGUACUGGACACAAAUAGAUGCGACACCGAAUAAAUAUUUUGGUCCUGCAGAAUGUCCAAGAUCAGGCGGAAGGUAACAGUGGAGAAUUCUAAGACCAUAUCCGACAGCAGCAGCACCGCCAGCAGCAGCGCCGCCAGCGCCAACCCCGCCGCCGCCUCCCGUCGACCCAGCGUAUUCGAGAGACUCGGGCCAAGCACUGGGAGUAAUGCUGUUGAUAGUCAAUGUAGGAACUGGUUGAAGACUGGGAACUGCAGCUACGGUACCACGUGCCGCUACACACAUGGCCCCCAGCAGCGAGGCAAAGGAUUCAGUUUCAGCCGGUCAGCAGAAAGGCCUCCCGGUGACCUGCGGGAGAGAAUGAAGAAUAAGAGACAGGAUGCUGACUCAGAGAAGAGAGACUUAGAAGAGCCCACAUCGCCCCCCACCGUUAAAAGAGAUUCAUCCCGCGGCCGACACCGGGAGAAGGAGGACAUUAAGAUAACCAAGGAGCGCACCCCCGCCAGCGAGGAAGAGACCGCCGAGUGGGAAGCCAGUCGCGAAGACUCUGACGUCGGGGACUACGACUACGAACUCUCGCUGGAGAUGAAGCGGCAGAAGAUCCAGCGUGAGCUCCUCAAGCUGGAGCAGGAGAACCACGAGAAGAGGGAGGAGAUCGUCAUCAAGAAGAAGAAGGAGAAGGAGGAGGUGGCGGCCUCCGCCAUCACCACCAGCUCCUCCACCGCCGCCACCUCCAAAACUCGAACCGGCAACCCCAGCACCACCACCACCAAGGGGUCUCCCGAGCGCUCCAGCUCCAAGGACUCCCCCGCCUCCAGGAAGUCCAACGGCUCCCCCAAACACAAGGGCUCCUCCAAGGGCCCCGGCUCCGGGAAGAAGGAGAAGAAGGCGUCGGGGGCCUCCCCCCUCUCCGACUCCACCAGGUCGUCGAAGGGGGGCCACGGCAAGAAGAAGGGGCCCCGCACGCCCAGCCCGCCGCCGCCGGUCCCCGCCGAGGGCCCCGUGCCGGGCAAGAAGCACAAGGGGAAGCACAAGAACAAGGAGAAGCUGGCCGAGGAGAAGCCCCCCAAGGAGGGCAAGGACCGCGGGCGGGACGCCGAGAAGCACAAGGAGAAGAAGGACAAGAGGAGGGACCGAUCCGACAGCUCCCACAAGGCCAAGCGCUCGGCCGCCUCGGAGGAACGCUCCGGGAGCCUGUCGUCCCCCAUGAGGGACCCCAGCCCCCCCUCCAGGAAGAAGUCCGCCUCCCCCACCAAGACCUCGUCCCACAAGACCCCCGGCCCGGCCUCGUCCCCACGCAGGUCCCCGUCUCCCCCACCCCGCCACCGCCACUCGCCCUCCCCCCGGGGCCGCCGCCGCGCCUCCGUCUCCCCCGGUUACCACCGGGACGCCGCCAACGCCGCCGCCGCCGCCGCCGCCGCCCCCUCCUCCGGCCGAGGGGCCGGCAGCGCCACCCCCCCGGGCUCCGGCUCCAGGCGCUCGCGGUCGCCGCCCUACUCCUCGCCGUCGCAUCGCCGCGGCGGCGAGCGCGCCAGCCCCGGGCGCCGCCAGGACCGGAGCCGCGGCGAGCGGGAGCGGAGCCCCCCGCCGGCCGCCCCCCCGACCUCGGACAAGAGGAGAGACGAGAGCCGCGGGAAGCGGGACAAGGACUCCAGCCGGGACGAGCGGGACUACGAGCCGGAGCAGAGCUCGUCCCGGGACGACCGGGAGAGCCGGGAGCAACCGCGGGAGCGCCGGGACGGGCGCGGCCGGGAGACGACCCGGGAGUCGACCCGGGAGCACGCCCGGGACGCCAAGGAGACGCGGGAGACCCGACCGGACCCCCGCUCGGCCAGGGAGUCCCUGGAGCGCCGGGACCGGGAGCGGGACAAGGAGCGGGAGAAGGAGAGGCCGGAGCGCAAGGAGGAGCCGGCCUCGGCCUCGGCGGCGGCCCAGGAGGAGAGGGGCUACGGGAGGGGCCACGGGGGCCGCGAGGAGGCCGCCCGCGGGGAGGGGAAGGCCGAGGGCAGAGGGGAGGGCCGGAGUACCGAAGCCCGGGCGGAGAGGAACGGGCGGGGCCGCGGCCGGACCGCCGACGCUCCCGCCGCCGCCGCCGCCGCAGAGAAAAGCUCCACCAGGACGUCCCGCGGUGCCCCGCCUGAGGGCAGCCACGACAGCUGGGAGUCCCGCAGCGGCUCGGCCCGGGAGCGUAGCACGGAGCGCACCAGCGACCGCGGCGGCGGCGGGAGCGCCACCGGGAGCGCCGCCGCGGAGCGGGCCCCCGAGAGGGGCUCCGACCGGCCGGCGGAGCGGGGGGAGCGCUACGAGAGCGGGGACCGCCGGGGGGAGGCGUAUGAGCGGCGAGGAGGAGGGGGAGGAGCCAGCGGCGAGCGGGACCGCCGGGAGACCCGGGAGAGAGAUCAGAGGGCGGCUUCCCCGAGCCGACACCAGGAGCCGGAGCGCGAGGAACGCCGCGGCGACCGGGGCGAGGACCGCCGGGAGGACCGCAACCGCGACCGGGAGCGCGAGAGGGAGAGGGAGAAGGAGCGGGAACGCGAGCGGGAGAAGGAGAGGGAGAAGGAGAGGGAGCGGGAGAAGGAGAAGGAGCGCGAGGCAGAGCGGGAACGCACCCGGGAGCGCGACAGGGAGCGCGAGAGGGAGCGGGAACGGGAGCGGGAGAAGCGGGAGCGAGAGAGGGAGCGGGAGCAGGAGGAGCGCGAGAGGGAGCGCCGAGAGAGGGAGAGGGAGAGGGAGCAGCGCGAGAGAGACCGCCAGCGGGAGUGGGAGGAGCGGGAGAAGGAGCGGCGGGAACGCCGAGAGGAGCCGCGGGAGGAGAGGGCGGCGAGGGAGUCCCACGACGACCGCAAGGCCAGCCGUAAGCGGCACCGUGGCGAGAACACCCCCAGCCCGCGCCCGUCCCCCAAGCGCGCGGCGCGCGAGGCCAGCCCCGCCGACAGCGACGGCUACAACAGCGCCGAGGAGAAAAGUGAGCGCCCCAUUGGCCGGGGGCAGGCCAAGCUCCACCCACAGCCCCUCCUACCGAACCCGGUGUUCCCGCCUCCCACCUCCGACAGCGGGGAUAAGCACCGCCUCCUGAGUCAGGUGGUGCGGCCCCAUGAGCCUCUGCUGCGCACGCCGCCCCGGGCCACGCCCACUUCCUCAGACGACAAACCGGGCCGCUGGAAGGAGGAGGAGCGCCGCGGCGGGGGAGGGGGUGGGGCCGAGAAGAGGGACGGCCGCGGUCGCCACGACGACCCGGAGCCCCGCGGCGGCGGCGGCGAGCGAGGGCGCGGCCCGCCGGGAGACGGCGCCCGCUCCGACUCCCGCGGCCGCGGGCGGGACCCGCCCCGGGACGCCAGCCCCCCUCCGCCGGCCCCCGCCGUGGCGGCCGUCGCCGCGGGCGACGACCGCGACUCGGCCGGCUCCCAGGAGAACAAGAAGAAGGGCAAGUCGGCGCGGAAGGGCCCGAAGAAGAGCGGCGGCCGCAAGGACGAAGAGGCGCCGGGCCGCGACGCCGACCUCCCCGCCGCCGCCGCCGCCGCCCAGGCUCCACCCCCCGUCACCGAAGCCCCGCCCCCCGCCGCCCUGCUUCCGGCGCCGCUGCAGCACUCGCCGCGCAAAGGGGCGAAGAAGAAGACGGAGAGGAAGGCCAAGCGCCCCCGCGGCGGGGGGGCGGAGUCUGACGGCUCGGCCGAGGACGACGCCCACCUGCCCCCGGGCAAGCGCCGGCGGGGGCCCCGCACCCCCCCGGGGCCCUCCCUGAGGCCGGGCCCCCCGGGCCCCGCCCCGCCGCCCAAGAUGGACGCCAACUUCAGCGACUGGUCGGACGAGGAGGUGGGAGGAGGAGGAGGGGGCGGGGCCACGGAGACGGCCCUGCCUCCCCGCCCGGACCGGGGGCCGCCCCCCCCGGCCGAGCGGGCCCCCGUGGAGCUGCUCCGCCGGGGCGGCGGCCCCCGGCGCGGCCGGGAGCGGGAGCGGGGCAGCGCGGCUGCCCCCGCCAUCGCCCCCCUGCUGCCCCAGGAGCCCCCCCACCUGCUGCUGCCCACCCUGCCCCCCCAGCCCCUCAUGUCCCAGCCCCUGCUGCGCAAGCCCCUCCCCGAGGGGUCCCGGGGCGUCGGGGGCGGGCUCCAGAACCGCGGGCCCCCCCCCCCCUCCUCGCGCCGCCUCCGCUCGCCGUCCGGGGAGCCGGCGGGGCGCGAGGACCCCCCGGGGGCCCGGCCCGGCGGGGGCCGCCGCGGACGCAUGCAGGGGGCCCCCCCCUCCUCCCGGGACCGGGAGCGGGCGGGGCCCGGGGAGCACCCGUUCACCGAGAGGAAGUCCCGCAUCGACCAGCUGAGGAGGGGGGAGCCCAGCCGCAGCACGUCCUCAGACCGCCAGGACUCCCGCAGCCACAGCUCCCGCCGCAGCUCCCCGGACUCGGAGCGCCAGGGCCGCUCGCGCUCGCGCGCCGGCUCCUACGACAGCCGCGAGCGCGGCGCUGCCGCCGGCGAGCGCGAGGCCUUUGACCGCAAGGAGCUGCGGCCCCCGAACCCCCGCGACUGGGAGCGCGACUGGCCGGGCCAGGGCCUGGCCCCCCACGGGCUGGCGGCGCGCGGCCGCGAGCCGCUGCUGAUGCGGCCGGGCCGGGAGCCCCUCCUCCGGGACCUCCGGGAGCGGGAGCGCCUGCUGCCCGAGGGGCUGAUCCAGCAGCACGAGCGGGAGCGGGAACGGGAGCGGGAGAGGGACGCCCGCGGGGAGAGGGGCGGGCCGGGGGAGCGCGGCGGCGGCGGCGGCGGCGGCGGCGGCGGCGGCGACAGGGAGCGUGACCGAAUGAUGAUGAUGAUGAUGGAGAUGGCGCCGCACGGGGAUCCGCGGGCGCCGGGGCGCGGCGAGGGCGUGAUGAUGAUGAUGCGGCCCGACCGGCCCGAGAGGCCCGAGCGGCCUGAGUACGAGCCGCUGCUGCCCCGGGAGGCCUUCAGCGGCGAGGGGGAGAAGCCCGGGAACAGCCACCAGCCCGGGGGCGGGGAGGCGGCGGCGGACAGGGCCGACAGCGUGGACGGGGAUGACGACCCCAAGGAAGACGACAGCCAAUCGGUGGUCUCCGGGGGCGAGGAGUACGAGCCAAUCAGUGACGACGAGCUGGACGAGAUCCUGGCCGGCAGCCAGAAGAAAGAGGACCAGCAGGACGACGAGAAGAUCACAGGCCCCCUGGACGUGAUCGACGUGGACUGGUCCAGCCUGAUGCCCAAGCAGAAGGCCGAGGCCCGGGCGGCGGGGGCUGCCCUCCUGCGCUUCACCCCCGGCGCCGUGCUGCUCCGGGCGGGCAUCUCCAAGCGCCUGGCCGGGCCCCGGCUCCUGGAGCAGGUCCGAGAGGUCUGCCGGGGCGAGCUGGAGGACCCCAAAGACGCCGACAAGCUCUUCGAACACGACCUGGGGGCCCUCAACAUGGCCGCCCUCAACCGGCGGGUGGAGAGGGCGGGGUUGCUAAGCAACCUGGGCCCCUGCUGCAAGGCCCUGUGCGCCCGUCGGGACUUCGCCAUUCGGCGGCAGCUGCUGAAAAACGACAAGGGUCUGAUCAAGCAGAUGUACCCCGUGACCCCCGGCCUGGACACGGAACUCAUGCAGCUCAGCAUGCGUCUCUUCCGGAGGAGCAUGUCCGCCCACGCCGCCGCCGCCGCCGCCACCGACGCAGGAGCUCCGCCUCCGGCCGCCACCGACGCCCCCACCUCACCACCACAGACACCACCAGAGGCAGACGACGAGGAGGAGGAGGCGGCGGCCACCGGGAGCGGCCAACAGGGCGCCGUGCCGACGGAGAUAUCCGUCUCCUGA